AUGAGCGCUAUUCCAAACUACGACGAUGCUAUUCCAAAGAAAUACCGAGGGGUAUCGGUUAAAACAAUCCCAGAAUUGGAUAUCAAAAGCUUCUUCAGAAUGCUUAUUCUCGGUCCAAGUUAUUCCGGCAAAACAAAUUUAGUGAUGUUCAUUCUCAAGCAUUCGCCCAAUGUUUUCGCUCACCUGCAUGUAAUUGCUCGCAAUAAAGAUCAACCUAUAUACGAUUUCCUUAGAGAAAAGCUUGAUGGCUUUAUCACAUUCUACGACGAACCUCCUAACGUAGAUAACGUCCGUAGCACUCCGAUAAACAGUAAAAAGGUUGAGUUAGUUAUCAUUGAUGACUAUGGCGCGGAUAAACUUCUACAGAAAAAUUUAUUUAGUGAAUUCUUUAUUAGAGGUCGCCACCACUUUUUAAGUACAAUAUUUAUUGCUCAUAGCUACUUCGCUACUGACAAACUCCUGCGAUUGAAUUCAGAAUAUGUAGCAAUCUUAAAUGCUAAUUCGAAGCGUGAUUUACAGAUGGUUGGACAAAUCCUGCUAUGUGAUUCGGUUAAGGGGCAAAUCCGUUAUAACUUUGACAGAGUUAUCGACCUAUCCCAGUUAUAA